UCUUUCUUGGGGCGAAUCCAUAGUAUAAAAGAAGGUCCGCAUCGAUGUGCAUCCCAAGCUUCACCUGUGCCAACCAUUUACAAGUGCAACCAUAAUAUUCAGUCUCUGAAUAUAUUCCCCAUUCAAAAUUUUACCAAAAGCUAUGCCUGAAAGAGAUUCCACUAAGCUGCUAGCAUUAUGGUGUAUUCUCUGCAUAUUCUCCUGUAUUGCUUCCUUUGCAAAUGCUGCUACUGAUGAUCAUAGCGAAGCAAAAGCUUUGCUGAACUGGAAAACCAAACUUAAGGAUGAAAGCAAAGCUACCUUGUCCUCUUGGAAGAAUGACAGUAAUCCUUGCAGGCAGAACUGGAAGGGAAUUUCAUGUGACGAAUCCAUGUCCGUGAUCAACAUCAGUCUACGAAAUCUCAACCUACAAGGUACUCUUGCGAGUCUCAACUUCACUUCCUUUCCUAAUCUGCAAAAUUUUGAUCUGAGUUUCAACAAAUUUUAUGGAAACAUUCCCCAUGAAAUUGGUAACUUGUCCAGUAUUUUGAAGCUGCAACUGUCAGGUAAUUCUUUUAGUGGUCCCAUCCCUCCUGAAAUCGGGAAACUAACCACCCUGAAUAAUCUUGAUCUUGGUGGAUGUAAACUCAGUGAGCAAAUUCCCCAAGAAAUUGGCAAUUUGAGGAAUUUGACGCUCCUAUCGCUUCUCCGAAACUCCCUUUCCGGUCCCAUUCCAGAAGAGAUUGGAUUGUUAAGUAAUCUUUUGAAGCUUUAUUUGGGAGAAAACUCUCUGUCAGGUAGAAUCCCAUCUUCAAUUGGAAACUUGACCAAGUUACAAGAAAUUUAUCUUUAUAAGAACAAUCUCUCGGGUCCUAUUCCUAAUGGAUUCUGGAAACUCUAUUCUCUCACUGUCAUUUAUUUAUAUUCUAAUAGACUUUCGGGGCCAAUCUCUCCCUUUAUUGGAAACCUAACAAAACUAAAAGAAUUGGACUUGCAUGAGAACAAUUUUUCCGGUCCAAUUCCUUCAUCCAUUGGUAACUUGAUCAAUGUGCCUGAGAUCUAUCUUCAAAACAACAGUUUUUCAGGAUCCAUUCCUUCCACUGUAGGAAAUUUGACAAGUCUCAGCGCCCUAAUCUUGGGCGCCAACGAUCUCACUGGUCAACUUCCACAAGAAAUGAAUAAUUUGACAGCUUUGUAUAACAUACAACUGAGUUAUAAUCAUUUCACUGGCCCUUUGCCACAACAAAUUUGUCAAAGUGGGACGUUGCAAAGGUUUUCUGCUAAUGAUAACGAUUUCAACGGUCCUAUUCCAACGAGUUUGCAGAAUUGUUCUAGUCUAGAAAGACUCAGGCUUGAUAAUAACCAGUUAGUUGAUAACAUAACAAAUGCUUUUGGAGUAUAUCCCUAUUUGAACUUCAUUGAUCUAAGUGGCAAUAAAUUGUAUGGCCGCCUUUCAUCCACGUGGGGCAAGUGUCCAAACCUCACACAACUGUUUAUUCAUAAUAACGAGCUUUCUGGUGUUAUACCACCAGAACUAGGAGAGGCGAGUAAGCUUGGUGAACUUAACUUGUCUUCAAAUCAUUUGUCUGGACAAAUUCCGAAAGAGCUAGGGAAGUUGACCUCGUUGACACAACUCUCUUUGAGCCACAAUAACUUUUCAGGCAAUAUCCCCUCAGAAAUAAGAUCGCUUAGUCAACUUACAGAUUUGGAGUUGGCUGCAAAUAAUUUCAAUGGCUCAAUCGCAAGAGAGGUUGGAGAAUUAAAAAGCUUAAUUUUCUUGAAUUUGAGCAAAAACAGAUUUGAUGGAAGCAUUCCCCCUGAGUUUCGUGAACUCCAAGUACUUGAACAACUUGAUCUCAGUGACAAUUUGCUGAUUGGAACAAUACCGGCGACAUUUGGAAUGUUAUUCAAGUUGCAAGUAUUGAACCUCUCGCAUAAUCAUCUCUCUGGCACCAUUUCUUCCAUUUUCGGUCCAAUGUCAGCUUUGUCUACUGUUGACAUAUCAUACAAUCAAUUAGAAGGUCCCAUUCCAAAAAUUCAAGCCUUUCAAAACUUCGCUGCUUUGAGGAAUAAUAAAGGCUUGUGCGGUAACGUCACUGGUUUGAAUCCAUGUGGUGAUCUCGAACCCAAACCAAAUGGACAGAGCCAUAGGAUCAGGAAGUUCUUGAUAAUAUUCCUCCCAUUGGCCAUACUGCUAUUAGUACUUGUUGGAGCAUUAUACAUUUUUUAUCAAAGAGCAAGAAAAACAAAAAGCAAAGAUGAAGAAGCAUCGCCAGAAGAGAUUUAUUUUGUGGGGAGCCUUGAAAAAGAAGUAACUUACCAAGAUAUCAUCAAAGCCACAGGGGAAUUUGAUGACAAAUAUCUUAUAGGGAAAGGAAGCCAGGGAAGUGUUUAUAUAGCUGAGCUGCCUACAGGUGAUGUUUAUGCUGUAAAGAAGCUUCAUUCAAUACCAAGUGGGGAAAUCUCCAACCAGAAAGCUUUUACAAGUGAGAUUCGAGCUUUGACAGAGAUCAAACAUCGUAACAUUGUGAAGCUGCAUGGGUUUUACUCCAAUUCACAAUUCUCCAUAUUGGUUUAUGAGUUCCUGGAAUGUGGCAGCCUAGAUAACAUACUAAAGAAUGAGAAACAAGCCGCUGAGUUUGACUGGAAUAAGAGGGUGAAUGCUGUUAAAGGUGUGGCUAAUGCAUUAUUCCAUAUGCAUCAUGGCUGUUCAAUCCCUAUUGUUCAUCGUGACAUAUCAAGCAAGAACAUUCUUCUAAGUUCGGAAUAUGAAGAAGCUCACAUCACUGACUUUGGAACGGUCAAGUUUUUGAACCCUGACUCAAACAACAUGACCACAUUUGCUGGAACUUUUGGGUAUGCUGCACCAGAGAUUGCUUUCAUUAUGCAAGCCAACGAGAAAUGUGAUGUUUAUAGUUUUGGAGUGUUGACUUUAGAAAUCAUUAUGGGGACACAUCCUGCAGAGCUUGUUUUAUCUUUGGCAGACAAAUCAACCACUGAUGACUUCUUGUUGAAGGAUCUGUUGGACUCACGACUUUGUCCACUCAGAAAACCAGUCCUAGAUGAGGUGAUCUUGGUUGCAAAAAUAGCAUUUUCUUGCUUGAAUGAGAAUCCCUGGUCUCGUCCAACCAUGGAACAAGUGUCUAAGGAACUUGCGAAGCCACCAAAAUCUCAUUCAGAAGAUCAAUUUCACACCAUCACAAUUGGACAACUUAUGCGGGAUUGAACUUGAUUUGCAAGCGCGACUGCCUGUAUAAAUUCUUACACUAGUCAUUUUAAUGUAAAUAUUGUAAGUUUGUGUUUCAAAACAAGGUUUGUUGUUAUUGUUAUAUUAUAAACUUGUGGCUUUUCAUCAUGUGUAUGAUCAGUUUGGGGCUUGAAUAAACCUGAAGUGAACACGUUUGAUUUCA